AUGCCCCAUGCUGCUGAGGAAUCCGUGCAUCCAAGAAGUACUGGUAGACCAACAGACGAAACUCCUGGUACUAGCAAUAACAGUCACAUUGAAAAUGAAAAUGAAUCUCUAGACUCGGAUAAUAAUAAUAACGAGGUCGAUGAUUAUUAUGGUGAUAGCGAUAGUGAUCAACAGGAAACAGUUAUGGACUAUGCGGGUUUAACAUCAAAUGUUGUUGAUCAGGUUGAAACUCAAGAGUUGGAAACAGAACAUCGAAAACAAGAAGUGAAAGAUAGAAACAUUGAACAAAAGAAACUUACACCUAAAGAAAGAUUUGAUGAAUAUAUUAAAGCAGCACCGAAAUUUGUUUUUGCUUAUGUUCAAGUGUUUUGCAUUUACGUGGGAUUCUUGUCUAUUUAUUGGGGUGCGAUGUAUAGAAGAGACACGAGAUUCAAGAAUAUUAAAUAUGUGGUGAUUAACCAAGAUACAGAAUUUGAUUAUAAUGGAGUUACAGUUCAACCUUAUUUGGGUAAUGCAAUGGAAAGUCUAUUAUUUGAUAAUUCAACAGUUAGGACAAGAGGUAAUUUUUUAUAUCCUAAUAUGACUGAUUUUACACUCCUGGCUCAAAAUCAUAACAACACCCUAAUGGAGGAAAUGAUUCACAAGAUACAUCAUCAGAAAUACUGGGGAGGUGUUUAUAUUGCUCCUAACACUACACGUAAUAUUUACGAAAGUUUUCAUAAUGCCAAUGGUACUUUCAUGUCAUCUGGAGCAAUUAAUGAGUCCAUCACGGUUGUAUACGAAACUGGGAGACAUUUUGGUGGGGUUGUACAAUAUACAUUUAGAGGUCUUGAUUUAAUUGGUGAAACUUGGGUCAAGUAUUAUGUUUAUCCCCAGAUAUAUAAACCAAUUAUUGAACUGCUUAAUUCGACACAGAAACGGGCGUUAUUGGCAAACAACGAGACGGUUCCUAUAUUUACCACAUUUCCUGAGUUUACAUUUGUCGAUAAAGCCCCCAGUCCAGCACCGGAAAUGAUUGGUGUUGGUCAAAUUGAAUUAAUUUACUGUUUAUUGAUAUCAUUCUAUAGUUUUUCAUUUUCAGCAGAAACUUAUGGUUAUAUGAGAAAGAAAUUGGUUUAUCGAAAUUAUUUAUUCUUUAAAUUUUUAAUAUCCCAGAUUCAUUGUUUGCUUUUAGGAUUGGUUUAUGCAUUGAUAGUUAAAGCAUUCCGUAUUCCCACCAGUAUAACAUUCGGAAAACUGGGGUUUGUUGUCUUAUGGAUGUUUGUUUCAUUAUUCAUUAGUGCAUGUGGUGCUGCUAAUGAAGUUGCAGUACAGAUUAUUAUGGCAUACGAUAGAAAAGUAUUAAUUGCCCCCUGGAUGGUUUUUCACAUUGUAAGUAAUGUUGCAGUUGCAUUUGGUCCAUUGGAUCUCCUGCCGGGAUUUUACAGAUACGGGUAUGCAUGGCCUAUGUAUAAUGCUUAUGAACUUAUUCGAGUGGUAUUUUUCAAUACCUGGAAAGGUCAUAUGGGAAGAAAUAUUGGAGUGUUGAUUACUUGGAUAGCAGUGGGUAACAUUGCAUUGGUAUUCAUUAGCAACUGGACAACAAAGAGGGCCAAGAGAAAAGCUAAAGAAGAAAGAAGAAAGAAACGUGAAGAAGAAAAGAGAUUAGAUAAAGAAGCGGGAUUGUAG